ACAACCCCCACCAUCACCCAUGGGCGUGCAUCUCUUUUGUCUUGGGAUCCUGGAUUUCGCAUAAAUCAUGUUCGAACUUUGCAAUCCUGUUUUCUCCGACAUCUCCGUUGUUUCCCUUCAACUCUGACGAUGGCUUCUGAAUCGCGCUUACAGUUCUGGAAGGAUAACGUCGACAAUGCAGGAGGCAAUUUGUCUCGAGACGUGAAGGAUAGGUUCGCCCGCGUGCUUCCGGAGUUCACGAGGAAGGAUGACUUUGCCGACUCGGUGAUAAUGAACCUGAAGAUCACCGAGUUGACAGUGUUCGAACGGCCGGAAGAUGGGAAGACUCAGGCGCGGGUGGUAUGCGAGAUAACGGUAAAGAAAGAUAUGGCCAACGCGUAUGACAUGAUGCACGGAGGGUGCGCUGCAUACCUCAUUGAUAUGUGUUCUACGCUUGCUCUGAGCCUUCUGGGAAUUGUGACCGACGGAAACAUCGAGUCUGUCUCUCAAGCUCUCAGCACAACAUAUCAUGCCGGAGCUCCACGGGGAGCUCGUUUGCGUAUCAUCAGCGAGACGACGGCCGCUGGCAAGCGGACAGAGACAGCUCGUAGUCAGAUCUGGAACGUGACAAAUCGCCGUCUAAUAGCAUCUGGUGUUCAUACAAAGAUGAGGCCGACUACUCUAGCGCUGAAGUUGUAGCGUUGUUUACCAUCGAGUGGUUCGUUCCAAACGAUGUAUCCUGCUAGGGGCGUAUAGUCGCCUCACAGCCACCACAGUGCACUUGUAGGAUGGAGAGUACAGGACUGUUGCAUACAUUCUAGUAGACUGCAAUGGAUAUGACCGAGAGGACCUGACUAUGUGGGGUUCCCACGGUGAAUUUAAUCUCGUG